AUGUCCAAGUCGUUUCUUUUUCUACUACUAAGUGUCUUGUUAAUGCCGUUGGUAUCAGCAGACACAUGGUCAAGUCUUGGUUGUUAUUCAUCAAUUAAUGUUGCUGAAUCAAAAGGAUCUUAUACCUAUCAAAGUAGUGGUUAUUGCCAGACUCAAUGUAAAGGCUAUAGAAUUGCUGCAUUAAAAGGAGGUAGUGACUGUUACUGUGGUGACGUUGACCCUACGUCAAAAUCUAGUAGUUGUAAUUCAAAAUGUGAUGGGUAUCCACUAGAAAUGUGUGGUGGGGAUAAUUCAUACACCGUUUAUGUUAAUGCAGAUGUUGAUUCAAAAGAAGAUUCAAGUUCAUCCAGUUCAUCAUCAUCAUCUAGUAGUUCCAGUUCCACUUCUAAAUCCAGUUCAUCGUCCAGUUCAUCGUCCAGUUCAUCCUCGUCGUCAACAACAACAACAUCAUCAUCAUCGUCGACUGAUUCACCAACAUCAACAGAGGAUGAUAGUCCUGAAACCACUGAUGAACCGGAAACCACAACUAUAAAAGAAACAACAACAAUGGAGGAAGCAACAUCUGAAACUACAUCUUCGUCAACAAGUUCAUCUUCAUCUUCAUCUUCUUCAUCCACAACAUCUGUAUCUAAAGCACCUCCAUCGACAACAACCAUAAUAUCAUCAACAGUUAUUUCAGGUACACCAAGUGUAAUUUAUAAGACUGUCAUUGCAACACCAUCAACAACUUCACUGGCAUCAUCGACUUCAAGUACAUCAUCAAUUUCUAAUGCUGAUGCGACUCUGUCAGCUUCCGCUUCAGCAACCGCCGAACCACAACAUAAAAGUUCCGUUUCUGGAGGCACAAUUGCUGGUGCUGUUGUUGGUUCCGUAUGUGGUGUUGCCGCAAUUGCCGGAUUGAUAUUUUUGUUUUGUUGGUAUAGAAGACGUAAACAAGAUCAAGAUGAUUUUGAUGAUCAAUUUACUUUAUCUGGUCCAAAAGCAGAUAUGACUCAAACUACAGGUGGAGGAGGUAUUCCUAUUCUUGAUUCAAACCCAUUCUUACUUGCAGGUGGUUAUAACAAUUUUGAUACUUCACAACAACAAACUCCAAGACAACCAUCAGGUAGAGGCAGUGACGCUCUUGCAGUUGGAGCAGGAGCAGGAAGUCUAUCAGGGUAUCAUAAAUAUAAUAGUUCUAGUGGAACCAGUGGUGACGGUAAUCACUCAUUUGGGUCACAACUACAUAACAAUCAAGAUGAAUUUGCCUUUUAUGAUGCCAAUACUAAUGGUAAUGAUCCAAUGAGUCCAAAUUAUUUAAAUGUUGACUCUCCUAAUCCUGAAUAUGGUAGAAGAAAAUUAAGUAAUGGCUCCUUACCUGAUAUGAUUGCAAGAAAUCCAGGUUCCUUGAAAGUGGUUAAUAAUUGA